CUCUUCACUUUCGGCGGCUCUGUGGCUUAUAGACAUGUUGACAAGCAUGGACGUGUCAAAACUUUGCUUGAUUUUGCUGUUACCACUAGCUGUGUCCCAUGAUGCUGAAGAGACUGUUGUGAAGACAGUUAGGAGAGAACAUGAUGUCACUCGGAUUUGCAACAAGGAAAGACAGACUACUAUUGUUUUGAUUAUCUGUAAGAUCAAAAGUCAGAGGGACACAGGAGGACAGUGUCAUCUGCUGUAUCGACAUGGAGAGAACUUUACUCAGGAAUGUGACGCCAGGUUCUCAAUAAUAAAAGAAAAUCAGACUGCCUUUCUUGAGCUGACCAGUUUAACACCAGAUGAUAGUGGGAACUACACCUGUGAGUGUACAAAUACUGAAGGGACAUAUAUUGUCCAUAUCAGUGUCACUGUAGAAGACACAAACGAGGCCCAGACUUCAGCAGAAAAAUCUUUUUCCGUUUAUCUGCCCGGUGCUGUGAUCAUCUUUAUAACUGGAGUUAUUGUGGGAUUUAUCUACUGGAGGAAAAGUAAUGGUGGCUGCUUAAGGUCAGGAACAUCUGGAGUGUCUGUACCUGAAAAUCCCAACGGUUUGGAUGACGAUGAGCCAGAUCAGCCCUACACAAACCUUCAGCAGCCAUCGAAUGAUUCCUAUCAGACUAUCAUCUCAGUGAACCAUCAACACGACAACAAGACACGCUCAGCAAGAAGCACAGGAACUGUCGGAGUGGAUAAUAAAGCUCUAUGAGACAUUUUAAAGUAUAUAAAACUUUAGGUGACAUACUAAUAUAAUAAUAUUCAUAUAUUAUAAUAAAUGUCAAUCUUUUCACACUGGACAUUUGUUAGUAACGGAGACCAUUCAGUCAUAAUACUCCAACUCAGGCUC